AACAGAAAUCACUACCAUGAAACUUAUCAGGCACCCAUACAUAACAAGAAUGCAUGAGGUGAUGGCCAGCAAGACAAAGAUAUACAUUGUUCUGGAACUUGUUACGGGUGGAGAACUCUUUGACAAGAUUGCUAGUCAAGGACGGUUGAAGGAGGAUGAUGCAAGAAAAUAUUUUCAGCAGUUAAUUAAUGCCGUGGAUUUUUGUCAUAGCAGAGGUGUAUUUCACAGGGACUUAAAGCCGGAAAACCUACUGUUGGACUCUAGUGGGGUUCUUAAAAUCUCGGAUUUUGGUUUAAGUGCGUUACCACAGCAAAUUCGAGAAGACGGUUUGCUUCACACGACAUGUGGGACUCCCAAUUAUGUCGCUCCUGAGGGUACCAGUCUUCCUGCCUCUGGCAAUCAUCAUUGCGCCCUUCGAAAUCCUCCAGUCAUCUCCAUGGAAAGUCAUCGUGUAGCCUUCACUAGCCAGCUGGCUUACUGA